GAUUAAUAUGAGGAAGGAAAAUACUGCCCUUUUCAUUGUAUUACUCUCUUGCCUUAUCUUACACAUGAGUGAAGCAUGGCUCUUUGAUAUCCCUCCAAAAUACGUCGGCAGCCCAGGAGUUUCAAAACGAAAUUUUAAGGGCCAGAAUAGAGAAGAAACAGAUAGAAAUUUAAUCCCAAAGGUUUUAAAUCAAGAUGGAGUGGGUAGCAGCAAUCAGCAACAAAUUCAUUUAUUAUUGUUGGUUUUUAAACAUUUACAACAGAAAGGAGACAUCCUAGUAAAACAUACAGAUAUUGAAGAGUUCCACUGAAGGAGAAAGAAAAGGAUUGCAGUGAAAGUUUCUUACCGUGGUGGAUAUGUAUGAAAACCAAACGCAUUUGUUGCAAUUACCAAGUGAUAUGUGAUCUGCCUUCUAAAGGAAAACCCUUUUAAAAAAUCUAAUAAAAGUGUAUAAAAUGGCAA